AUGGCUUUCAAAAGCGGGUCGUUCGCGACCUUCCUGAUCGUCUGCCCAACCUGCUUCUUCCUCGGCAUCAUCUUCUCUCUCUUCCCCUACGACUACCCAAUCCUCUGGUCAACCGUCACCACCCCAGCCGCGCACUAUGACUACCUCGAAGCGCACCUGCGCUUCCUGCACGCCUCGCCCCCGCUCAUCCCACGCAUCCUCCACAUCGUAAUCUUCCUCGGUCUCGCCGGCCUCCUCACAAAGCUCUACAAGCCCUCCGAAUCAAACAUGCUCUUCGACGGCGCCUCCCUAGUCCUCUACAUGUGCGGCGUGACAGUCUACAUCGCAAACAUCGUCAAGGGCCUCCGCCUCGCUUCCGCAGGCCAAUACGGCGCGGACCUCGCCACGACCCCGGAUGAAAACGAGCAGAUCCUCGGCCGCGAGGACUCCCUCAAGGUCCUUUCCGCUAGCAAUACCAUUCUGGCCCUGGUCCUGGUUGGCAUCCUCGUCCUCCAGGCUGGACAGUGGUAUGCGGAGCGCAAGGAUGCGCAGGAAUUCGAGUCCCUGGCUACGGAUAAGGAUGGGAAGGCCGCUGCUGAUGAUGGUGCGUCGUCGGGUGUUUCGACUGCUACGCCUGGUAAGACUGGUCGGCAGGGGAGUCAGCGCAAGAAGAGCAAUUGA